AUGGUAACCCUUUCGCUUCUGCAUAAUCUAAACUUCGUCGGUCUCUUCAAACCUUCCACACACCAAAACCCUAUUCUCUCCCACCAAAACCAAAACCCUAUUCUCUCCCACCAAAACCCUAUUUCUUCAAUCUCUCUCAAACCUUCACCCCUCCGCUGUUCAAAUUCCGCCAAUGUUCUCGCUCCAUCUCCCUCACCUCCGAUUCGCAUCAGUCGCUGGAUGAAAAUCGAAGCGAGACGUGGCCUACUCGAUUACCUUCACUACACUCAAUCUUACACUUUCGUCGACGCAUAUUUUAUUUCCCAUAACUCUCCACAUUUCAUCGAUUCGCUUAUAGCCAGAGUCGGAGUCAACGACAGAGACGAUGAAUUUGCUCAGGAUCUCAAAAGGUACCUUAUGAGUCACCCUAUUAAUGAAUUUGAACCCUUUUUAGAGAGUAUAGGGAUUAAACAAAGUGAAUUGAAGUUACUUUUGCCUAAAGACGUGUUUUCUCUUCGUGAUGAUAGUGUUUUGGUUGAUAAUUUUCAUGUUUUGUUUAAUCACGGGGUUCCGAGGAAUACAAUGGGGAAAAUUUAUAAGGAAGCAAGAGAGGUUUUUGGGUAUGGGAGUGGUGUUUUGUCCAAGAAAUUUGAGAAUUAUGAAAAAUUGGGUUUGAGUAAAUCAUAUCUUGUCAAGCUGUUUGUUUGUUGUCCAUUGCUUUUAGUUGGCGAUGAGGUUGAUUCUCAAUUUGUUGUUGUUCUUGAUUGGUUGAAGAGAAUCGGGAUUGAUAGUCAAUGGUUUGUGAGUUGUAUGAGUUCUAAAAGAACAUAUAGAUGGAAAACGAUUAUUCAGUGUAUAGAGUUUCUUCAUCAAGGGGGAUAUUCUGAGAAACAAAUGUAUGAUUUGUUUAAGGCGUAUCCGAGAUUGUUGUUGGAGGGUUUAGGAAAGAAGGAAUAUUUGGUUAUAGGUCGGUUGAUUAAGUUGGGCCUUGAAGUGAAUGAGAUUUGUUCUUGUUUUAGAGAGCAUCCUGAUAUGUUGUCAAGUCUGCGUAUGGAAAAUUUGAGGCUUGUGAUUGCUUUUUUGUAUAAUAUUCAAAUGGAACAAGAUGCCAUUGCUCAUGUUUUGUAUAACUACAUGCAUCUACUUAGCAUACAUUCAAUAAAAGGUUAUAGAACGAUGUCUAAAGAGUUAGGAGUUGGAAAAGAUAGCUUAUGUCAAAUGAUACAGGAUGAUCCAUUAGAAUUUUUUACUUUGGCUUUAAGACCGAGGCAGAAGAAGAAUGUAAAUGAAUUCUACAAUGACCCGCAUAGGCAUUUGGAGAAAACAAAUUUCUUGCGGAAACUGGGGUAUACUGAUAACUCUGAGGAGAUGGAAAUAGCUAUGAAGAUGUUUCAAGGAAGAGGCGAUAAGUUACUAGAAAGAUUUAAUUGCUUGGUUGAAGCUGGUUUGGAAUAUAACACUGUAGUUGAAAUGGUAAAGCAAGUUCCUUCGGUUCUAAUCUUUAGGAAAACUGUAAUGCAAAAGAAAAUUGAUUUCUUUAAAAACACUUUAGGUUAUCCAAUAGAACAUCUCGUGAGAUAUCCAAGAUAUUUUUUCCAGGAUUCGGACAAAACUUUUGCAAGAUUUGCAAUGUAUGAGUGGAUGAAGGAGAGAAAUGGACUAAAUCGUGAGUUAUGCAUGAGUACGAUAAUUUCAACUACUGAGAAACGGUUUCUAAAACUCGUUGUGAAUCGGCAUCCUGAAGGUCCAAGAGCUUGGCGAACUAUAAAGAGUUUAUCUAACAAAUUUGAGAAUUAA